CGUAGACCAAUGAAUGCCUUCAUGAUCUUCAGCAAGCGUCACCGCGCCAUGGUGCAUGAGCGACACCCCAAUCAGGACAAUCGUACAGUUAGUAAAAUUUUAGGGGAAUGGUGGUACGCAUUAGGUCCAGAUGAAAAGCAGAGAUAUCACGAUUUGGCUGCAAAGGUACAAAAAAUAUAUAUUUAA